GCGGCCGCAUCGCUCUCGCGCCGGCACGAGCGAACAAAACAGCCGUCGCGAUCCGCCCUUCUUGGCACAGCACGGGCCCGACACGGCCGCGGCCGCGGCCGCAGCAGCGCCCGACCCCAACCCACACCCACCCGCGUCGCGGCGCCAGUUUUUUUAAUCCCCCGCCGCUGCCGCUGCGCGCGGCACGCCAGCGCGCACGAGCCGACGAUCCUGCCGGCUGCCUGCCUCUUCUACUACUCUUCUCGUCCCGUGCGCGCUCGAGCAAGCCAGCGAGGAGACCCGCCAUCCGCGCGGCCAUUUUUUUACCCCGCCCCUGCCGCUGCCGCCGCGGCACAUCGCCAGCCCGCCCCACCACCCGGCUCCGCGCCCCCCGGCCCCUGGCCCCCAUUUUUUAAACCCCCUUUGUCUCCCUCCUAGUCAUCCUCCUUCCCCUCGGCUCCCAGUCCCAACUCCGCAGCUCCCCGUCCAACGCCGCUCGACCAACGGAGAAACCGCGGGGACUCGGAGGCCUGGUAGUCUUGGGUGCUUGGGAGAGCUGACGGAAGCUUCAGAGGGCGCCUGAGUGGAGGCGCUGUGGAUGAGCUGGCGCGCCGGUACGACGGCGACCGGGUGGUGGGCAGCGAAGAUUCAUUCGGCGGAUUACGCUGCUGCCCACCUUGCACCUCUGCUGACCCCGCAUUUUAUACUCCGAACUGCCUCGUGCCGCUCACUUGGGCGCCUUCCUAGCGACUAGUUAUUAAGUUCAUAAAAGGUGGCGGUGGGAAGAGAAGGGUGUUGAAUAUUCGCGUAUCCGGACAGGAGAUUUGGAUCGGGAUCUCGGCGGGAUGAAGGAUCAGGGAUCGGGCGGCGUCACGCCCAGCCCGGCAGAAGCAGGGGAAAAUAAACCCAUCAACUCCGAGCUGUGGCAUGCUUGUGCCGGGCCCCUGGUGUCAUUGCCGCCGGUGGGCAGCCUCGUCGUGUACUUCCCGCAGGGCCAUAGCGAACAGGUCGCUGCUUCAGUGCAUAAGGAGCUGGACACCAUCCCAAGUUACCCCUCUCUGCCUUCUAAGUUGAUUUGCAAGCUUCUAAGCCUCACCUUACAUGCAGAUUCUGAAACUGAUGAAGUUUAUGCUCAGAUGACGCUUCAGCCUGUAAACAAAUAUGAUCGAGACGCAAUGCUGGCAUCCGAACAUGGUCUGAAACAAAACAAGCAACCAACAGAAUUCUUUUGCAAGACAUUGACAGCAAGCGAUACAAGUACUCAUGGGGGAUUCUCGGUGCCACGCCGUGCAGCCGAGAAGAUAUUUCCACCACUAGACUUUACGAUGCAACCGCCAGCCCAAGAACUCAUUGCCAAGGAUCUGCAUGAUAUUUCUUGGAAAUUUCGACACAUCUUUCGAGGUCAACCGAAGAGGCAUCUUUUGACAACUGGUUGGAGUGUCUUUGUCAGUACAAAACGGCUUUUAGCUGGCGAUUCAGUUCUCUUUAUAAGGGACGAGAAAUCUCAGCUUCUCUUAGGCAUACGGCGUGCUAGCAGACCCCAACCAGCUCUGUCAUCAUCAGUUUUAUCAAGUGACAGCAUGCACAUAGGAAUCCUGGCAGCAGCAGCUCAUGCCGCUGCAAACAGUAGCCCAUUUACUAUUUUCUACAAUCCAAGGGCAAGCCCAUCAGAAUUUGUCAUUCCUUUAGCAAAAUAUAACAAGGCUUUGUACACACAAGUGUCCCUUGGAAUGCGAUUCAGGAUGCUGUUUGAAACAGAGGAUUCAGGGGUUCGAAGAUAUAUGGGCACGAUCACAGGCAUUGGCGACUUAGAUCCAGAGCGGUGGAAAAAUUCUCAUUGGCGAAACCUUCAGGUUGGUUGGGAUGAAUCAACUGCAUCUGAGAGGCGCACCCAUGUUUCAAUAUGGGAGAUCGAACCAGUUGCUACACCAUUUUAUAUAUGCCCACCACCAUUUUUCAGGCCAAAACUUCCUAAGCAGCCAGGAAUGCUAGAUGACGAAAACGAGGUUGAGAGUGCUUUCAAAAGAGCUAUGCCAUGGCUUGCUGAUGACUUUGCUCUGAAAGAUGUCCAAAAUGCAUUAUUUCCAGGCCUGAGCCUAGUUCAAUGGAUGGCUAUGCAGCAAAAUCAUCAGAUGCUAACAGCUGCUGCCCCAGCUGUACAGUCACCAUACUUGACCUCUAACGCAUUGGGUGUGCAGGAUGGGAUGAGCACUGUCAAUGAAGACCCAACAAAAAGAUUGAGUAUGCAGGCCCAAAAUAUUGGCUUGCCUAAUAUACAGGCUGGUUCAAAAAUUGAUCAUCCUGUAAGUACCUCUUUGGCUCAACGCCAACAGCAGCCUCAUCAUGUAUUGCAACAACAGCAGGUCCAACCACUGCAGCAAAGUACUGUGAUUUUACAGCAACAGCAAGCCCAACUGCUGCCGCAGAAUGCCAUUCACUUGCAGCAGCAGCAAGAACAACUCCAACGGCAACAGUCACAGCAGUCGCAGCAGUUGAAGGCUGCAGCAUGUCUUCAGCAAAUGGACCAGCACAAGCUGAAAGAACAACAGCCUUCAGCUGGACAAGUUGUCUCGCAAGCACAAUUGUUAAACCAGAUUUUGCAACCAUCUUCAUCUCAGCUACAACAGUUAGGUUUACCCAAGUCACCUACCCAGCGCCCAGGAUUACCAGGUUUAACGACCGUGGGUUCUUUGCAGCAACCAUCAUUAACUCAGACUCCACAGGUGCAACAAACAGCAGACUACCAGCAUGCACCCCUACAAAGUCAGCAGCCGCAAGUACAACAACUAUCACAACCAGAAUUGCAGCUGCAGCUGCUUCAAAAGAUUCAACAACAAAAUCUGCUAUCUCAGCUGAACCCACAACAUCACUCCCAGCUGAUGCAACAAUUAUCUCAGAAAAGCCAGGAGAUUCUCCAGCAACAAGUUCUUCAACAUCAGUUGGGCGGUGCUGAUGCUACGGGUCAGCUCAAGCAUUUCCAGCAAGCACAUUUAAACCACAUCACAGGAUCCCUGACACCGCAGCAGCUUGUAAGAUCUCAGUCAGCACUUGCCGAGAGUGAGGAACCAUCAAACUCAACAGCUCCAUCUGGCAGCCGUAUCUCACCAAUAAAUUCGUUGACUAGAGCACACCAUGGAAGCAGAAAUUUGCCUGACGUGCCAACAACACCACACAUUGAUCACUUACUUCAGGAAAUUCAAAGCAAGUCAGAUAAUCGAAUCAAGAAUGAUAUGCAAGGUAGUAAAGAAACGGUCCAUGUAUCUAAUCGACAUCCUGCUUCAGAUCAACUUGAUGCAUCAUCUGCUACCUCUUAUUGUUUAGAUGAGAGCCCACGAGAAGGCUUUUCUUUUCCGCCAGUUUGUCUGGAUAGCAAUGUUCAAGUUGAUCCAAGAGAUAACUUUCUCAUCGCGGAAAAUGUAGAUACAUUAAUGCCCGAUGCCUUGUUGUCAAGAGGGAUGUCUUCAGGAAAGGGUAUAUGCAAUCUACCUUCUGGACAAAGGGAUCAUAGGGAUGUGGAGAACGAGCUAUCCUCUGCUGCAUUCAGUUCCCAGUCGUUUGGUGUGCCUGACAUGUCUUUUAAGCCUGGGUGUUCAAGUGAUGUUGCUGUUACUGAUGGUGGAAUGCCAAGCCAAGGUUUGUGGAAUAGUCAAACACAGCGGAUGAGAACUUUCACUAAGGUUCAAAAGCGUGGAUCUGUGGGGAGAUCAAUUGAUAUCACACGCUAUCGAAAUUAUGAUGAACUUCGGCAUGAUCUUGCAUGUAUGUUUGGUAUUCAAGGACAGCUUGGAGAUCCAUACAGAACUGAUUGGAAGCUGGUCUAUGUUGAUCAUGAGAAUGACAUCCUCCUUGUUGGGGAUGACCCCUGGGAGGAGUUUGUAAGCUGUGUGAAAAGCAUCAAAAUAUUAUCAUCUGCUGAAGUACAGCAAAUGAGCUUGGAUGGCGACCUCGGUUGCAUCCCUCCACAAACGCAGGCCUGUAGUGCUUCUGAUGAUGCAAAUGCAUGGAGGUCAUGACGUAAAUACUAAUGUGCCUCUUACCAUUGUUUAAAAGAUAUCGAGAAUCAGAUAAAAGAUUGAAUACACGCCUUAGGCCUAUAGCCAUCUGACUAACAAUAUCGGUGAAAAUACUUCUGGCAGAAGUAGUUCAGCAAACUGCCUUAUUUUGGAAGUCUUGAUGCUUCGUUCCACCAAAAUUGGGUAAUUGCUCAACAUAACCCGAUUAGCUUCUUUUUCUUUUUGGGGAUACUAGACUGCUUUGAAUUUGAUAAGCUACCUUUUUUCAUUGGGACCUACAUUCAUUGUAAUCUUACAAAUUGUUUGAUUAUCAUUGUAUAUAUGUAUUGUAAGAGCAUCUCUAAUCGGUCCUCUAUAUUCGACCCCUUUAUCUUCAUAUAGCGGUUCUCUUUAUUCA